AUGAGAGCGUCACUACUCCUCGCUGCCACUAUGUUGGCUGGCAGCACUGUCGCGGCUCCCUCAAACACCAAAACUUCUUAUUCACAGCUCAUGACAGACUCAAUGAUCAGACUUAAUGCGAAACCCUCGUAUAACUACGAUCAAGCGACACUAUACACGUCUUUUGAGGAUAUGUACGAUUAUACCAAGAACAAAACGUAUUAUGACUUCUUCCGCAGUCAAAUGGAUGCAGUGGUGCUCAAGGAUGGCGCAAUCGCUGGCUUCAACUACACCUACUACUCUUUGGAUCACUACCGCUUCGGCAACAAUCUGCUUUGGUGGUACCAAAAGACCGGGGAGGAAAAGUUCAAGACUGCAGCUGAUGACAUCAAGAAGACCUUGAACAAUCAUCCGCGCACACCUACUGGUGGUCUCUGGCACCGAGAUGUCAUUUAUCCCAACCAGAUGUGGCUUGAUGGCAUCUACAUGGCCGACAACCUUUACGCCAAGUACGUGCGUCUGUUCCAGCCCAACAAUGCCACGGCCUGGGAUGAUAUCAUCCUCCAGUACGAUAAAAUCGACAAGGUGACGCGUCGCUCUAACAAUCUCCUUGUCCACGGCUUUGAUGAAAGCAAACGCGCGGUUUGGGCCGACCCAAAGACUGGCGCUGCACCACUUGUCUGGGCUCGUGCUGUUGGUUGGUAUUUCAUGUCGCUCCUCGAGGCGAUUGAGGCUUUCCCCAAGGACCACCCAGGCCGUGCGAGACUUAUUGGAUACUUUACUAGUCUGGCAGAGGGUCUUAAGGGGGCACAAGACGAGACAAGUGGUGGCUGGUAUAACAUCAUGGACGAGAAGUAUGAGGGCGUCAAGGGCAAUUACAUCGAGGCGAGCGCUAGCGCAAUGUUCACAUUCGGCUGGCUGCGUGGCCUUAACCGAGGUUUGCUAUCAGCUGAAGACUACUCUGGUGUGGCGGUCAAGGCAUACGAGGGCCUGGUCAACAAGUUCAUCACCAAAAAUGCUGACGGCACCAUCAACUUCGAGGGAACAGUCGAGGUUGGAAGCCUAGGGAGUAAUGCGACAUUCCAGUAUUAUGCUAGUAUCAAGACCAGGAAGAAUGAUCUUCGGGGCGCAGGUGCUUUCAUGUUGGCGGCUUUGGAAUAUGAGAAGGCAUCAUUCUCCUCCAAGGGUUGA